AGGAACGUGAUAUACAAAGUUCGAGUGUGAAUAAAAGUGGCACCACAACAAACCUUAAAUGCUCUUUUGUGGCUGUCAAGAGGGACUUGCAGGACUCGAGGAACAUUUUUCAUGUGUGUAACAGAUGUUAAUGUGAAGAGAUGCGUGGACAACUGUAUGCAGUAGUGUCUGGGCUCUUUGCAGCCCUUGCAAGUUUAUGUGGAAAAUAUGCAAUGGCCAGUUCUGAGGCUCAAGACCUAUGUGAAGCUACACUUAUGGCUUUUAACUAUGAAGAGGAUGUUACACAAAAAAUUGAUUUCCUCUGUGAUCAGUAUGCAAUUGUGUUGCGUGUCCUGUUCUUUGGCCUCAUGGUAGGGGUGAAUUGCAUUAUGUGGACAACAUUUACAAAAGCUCUUCGCUUUUCAUCAACUUCCUUAGAGGCCACUAUUACUAACACUGCUGCAAACUUCUUCUUUACGGCUAUUCUUGGACAGGUCUUGUUUGGAGAAGUUGUCAGAAGUUUAUGGUGGAUGGGUACAGUUCUCAUCAUUAGCGGACUCCUCCUUAUGCAUCAUGCAAGCAAUAUUCCACCCCGGAAGCCAGGAACAAGACCUAAGACACAUUAGGUUUUUAUGUUUGUCAUUUAUAAGUGUAAUGUAAAAAAAAAGAAAAUAGCUAACUUGAAGUAAUGCUUGCAGUGAUUGGUUUAUUGGCCAUUUUGGAGGCAGAUUGCAUAAUGCAUUCUGCUUUGCCUUAACUGCAUUAUAACCAUAUGAUUUUAUUGUCAUUCACAGUCUUCUUAGGUGGCUAUAAAUAUCAUAAAUGUUCAUAUUAUCAUGCUAUUAAGAGUGUAGUAAGUAUUGGUGUAGAGUAUGCAUUAUAUUAUUAAAAAUGAUUAAAAGACUGUAGUAACUUUCCAGUACUAAUGGUAAUAUUAGUAUCAAGUUUACUAUUUUACAACAAAAAAUGCAUUUGAUGGGAUUAAGUUUUAAAACAAAGCAAAUGCUUAGAAGAAAUCAACAAUUGGCAUUAUCUACAGGCAUUUGCAUGUAAAACAUGGGGGACUGUUACAGAUUUUCUGGUUAUAUACCAGUACAUUUAAGUGUACUAUAAGUAUACUAAAUGUUCACUUUACCAGUUGAAUUGAUGAUACCAAAUUGAUUUUAUAAUAUUUCUUUUAGUUUCACUUUCAUUUUAUUUGAUUUGUUCACAUCAGUACAUUCCUGCUUUAUCAUUCCAUGAUUUUAUUCUUUGACAAUCAUAGUGUGCAUUCAAAUUUAUGCAAGAAUUAAAAUGUAUGAUGCUGUGUCUGACUCUUUGCAGUAAUGUUUUUCAUUGGGUAUGGUAGCAUUGUAUUUAUACAAUUAUUUUUUUCAUGCACAUUUGCAAUAUCACUAGAAAAUUAUGCACAACACAUAAUACACACACUCACUCACUCACACUCACUCUAUAUGCAAAUGCACAUAUACACACAAAACACAGUUGUAUGCAGAAUAGUUUAGUAAAGAAGUUAAAACAAGUGGGGUGCAAGAAAACUUUAAACCAGAGUCUGUCAAAUUAAUGGUCUCUUCUGACAAGUAGUGCUCAGAAUAUAGUAAAAUAUUUUACAAGUGGAAAGACACAUUAAAGUUAUGCAUGUCUGGAUAUUUCUUUUUGCAACAUAUGGCAUACUUGUUUUAUUUUAUUAUUUUUUUUAUUUCUUCAUUUAAACAGUUCUUGGUUCUAUAGUUUCAUUUUGUUAUCAAUAUAUAGCAGUUUUUAUACAAUCCAGUCCAGUUUCCACACUCUCCAAGAUCACUCAUGCUUUAGAGUUGUCAUAUUUGCUUCAAAGCUUAUUAAAAGAUAGAAACUUGGCAAUAUUAAUGAUUUGCAUAUAUGUUGGACAAACUUAGUUUAUAGAUUACAUAAGUAAUUUAUUUUUGUUUUUUGUUUACUGGUUACACAUUGUACUUUCAAGUACUGUUCAUUGAGAGGAUAAUGCAUUUACAAUGUACUAGCUUAUAUAAGCAAAGGAUACAUAACUACGUGAAAGUCUAUAUGUGGCUUGCAGUAUUAGAAAAUAUGAAAAACCAAGCAUUACUUGCAUGAUAUAUCAAGCAUUAACCUGAAGUUGCUGGGGAUGGCAUGUGCAUAGAUGCCAUGCCCACUGUGAGUUUAAUUUAUUAAUUGUUUUUAUACAUAGAUGGCUCAACAAGUACUAAGUCACCAAUGAGCCAAUUUCAAGUACUACCUAUCUACCGGUCUACCUGUUUCCUUGAUUUUAAAAAAAAUAUUUUCUUGUAUCUAAUUUUGCUGUAAGUAAUGUCAAUAACACUAUAAUAAUUACGUUGA